GCGGGCGGGGGGGGGGGGCAAGAUGGCGGCGGUGCUGGAGGUGGAGGUCGGCGGCCCCGGCGAGCGCGACGGGGAGGAGGUUGACCUUUCGCACUUGUCCCCAGAAGAGAGAUGGAGGGUGGAGCACGCGCGGAUGCAUGCCAAGCACCGCGGGCACGAGGCUAUGCAUGCCGAAAUGGUCCUCAUCCUGAUCGCCACGCUGGUGGUGGCGCAGCUCCUGCUGGUUCAGUGGAAACAGAGGCACCCCCGCUCCUACAACAUGGUGACCCUGUUCCAGAUGUGGGUGGUGCCCCUGUACUUCACAGUGAAGCUGUACUGGUGGCGCUUCUUGGUCAUCUGGGUGCUCUUCUCAGCCGUCACAGCUUUCGUCACCUUCAGGGCAACCCGAAAACCUCUGGUACAGACGACGCCCAGGCUGGUUUAUAAAUGGUUUCUGCUAAUAUACAAGAUCAGCUAUGCCACUGGAAUCGUCGGGUACAUGGCUGUGAUGUUUACGCUUUUUGGUCUUAACUUAUUAUUCAGAAUCAAACCAGAAGAUGCAAUGGACUUCGGCAUCUCCCUCCUCUUCUAUGGUCUUUACUACGGGGUCCUGGAGCGGGACUUUGCCGAGAUGUGUGCAGAUUACAUGGCCUCGACGAUCGGGUUCUACAGCGCCUCGGGGAUGCCCACCAAGCACCUCUCCGACAGCGUCUGCGCCGUCUGCGGCCAGCAGAUCUUCGUGGAUGUCAACGAGGAGGGGAUCAUCGAGAACACGUAUCGCCUCUCCUGCAAUCACGUGUUUCACGAGUUCUGCAUCCGCGGCUGGUGCAUCGUCGGGAAGAAGCAGACGUGUCCGUACUGCAAAGAGAAGGUGGAUCUCAAGAGGAUGUUCAGUAACCCCUCCUGCUCGGCUGGGAGAGGCCGCACGUCAUGUACGGGCAGCUGCUGGACUGGCUGCGCUACCUGGUGGCCUGGCAGCCGGUCAUCAUCGGACUGGUCCAGGGCAUCAACUACAUCCUGGGCCUGGAGUAAGGGAAGGCGGCGGGCAGCCUGUGGAGCCACGCGAGGCCGCGGGCCGGGGGCAGAGGACAGCAGCCGGCCGGAUCCGUCGCAUCUCGGCCGCCCCCGAGCACCGCAGCACCGAGGACUCGUCCCCGGGGCGACCCCCAGCCAAGCAGCUCCCGCUAGGGCCCCGGGGGAGCCUGGUUUUUUAAAAGCAGUUAUUUUAAUGAGUGUAUUUAAAACUUUCUAUCGCAGACGAAGAGACAGCUUGUCCCGUUUCCCAGCCCUGGGGCUGUGGCCUGCUCCUGCAGGAGGGAGGCCGUGCUGCCGGCUCUCGGCUUGGGGCCGUUCGUCUCCCUUCCCUGCCGCGCUGCUGUGGCGGGGCAGCAGGAGCAGCCCAGGCUCUGCUGGCUCCGUGCUGCAGGUGAGGAAGGGCCAGGGACGCACAUCGAGGUGCGGGGCUCGUCUCCCUGCCAGCUGCCCUCCUGCUUCUGCGGCAGGGGAAGGCUGGGCCCGUGCACUGCGUGGCGGGGAGGCUGGCACCCCGGGGAGGCGCAGGACUGCGGGGACACCACGCAGGAUGCAGGGGACACCACGCAGGAUGCGGGGACACCACGCAGGAGCAGAGGGACACCACGCAGGACAGAAGGACACGCGGCUGCCCAGGUGCCGUGGGCUGAGCUCUUCCCCAGCAGCUCCCCGCCGCGGGUGUACGGGGAGGGAAGGAGCCGCUCCUGCACCUCGCUCUGAGCGUGGUCUCGGCCGGUGCCCCCCAGCCUCUCCCUGCCUCACCCUUUUGUACGCUCCCCUCUUUUCUACGUCCCCCCGCGCGUCCCCGUGCCCCACCAGGGCUGGUGCCGUCCUCAGCCGGCCGGGAUGUGGGGCGGGGGGGCCCUUCUCCCCCUGCGCCCCGUUGGUAGCGGUACGCGGAGCGGGCGAGGGCCUCGUGCUGGCGUGUGGUGACGCGGGUAGGGCCGGUGGCAGCGGCGUGCGGUCACGCUGGCAGAGCGAGGCCUCCCCCGGCCCCGCGGGUUUGGCACGGGGUCUUCCUCGUGCAUGCGGGGAUUGGGGAAGUGGCUGGCGCUGCGGGGGCUGCCCGCGGGCCCUGCUGAGUCCUGGGUUUGCGUAGGGCGAAACCGCCCCGCGAUGUGCCAAGCACGCGGUCGCGGGAGCUGAUGUGGCACGGGGAUUUUCUCGCUCGUCCCGCCUGUGCCGCGGCCAGGUCGCGUUUCCUCCUCCGUCCCCUGCACCGUGGGGACGCAGCGGUGGCUUCCGCAGCCUCCUCCCGGGCGUUGCCCACGUCGGGCAGCCCCAGCACCCUGCCCAGCACCCUGCGAGCGGUGGGAGCGGGCUGGGCGGCGCCGAGGGGGCUGGGCUGCAGCCCUGGUGCCCGCAAGCACGGCAGGGAGGGCGCAGCCGCUGGGCUGACCGCGGGGGACAGGCGGGGUGCGCGGCGCUUGGCAGGCUCUGGAAGGAGCCCGGCGCUGUGACCGUCACCGCGCCAGCGCUGCCCUUCCGGGAGGUGUUAAUAAAGAACGCCAGAAAACU